AUGACAGCCACUGCAACACCUACGAACCAGGCCGUGUCAGAGUGGGUUAAAGUGUUUCCUCGACAAGCAACCGAGAAUUAUACAAGUUCUCUAGCUUUUAUGAAACAGCUGACAGUUGUAGCUGUUAGCACAAUAACAUAUUUAAAAAAUGCAUUUCCCGAAGACAGUUAUAUGGUCGAAUCUUUCGGUGGUGUGAAAUUACGUAUUCUAAAGAAAAAAUGUCGCGAUGAACUUGCACAGUUUCUAAGUACGGCUUUAGUACAAGCAUUUGAAGCAUUCGAUAAGAAAUAUCUUCAUCAAUUAGCGCUUUGCUUUUACGAAGAAGAAUGUAAACUAGAAAAUUUAAUUGAAUAUCACAUUUUUGAGUAUUCAUAUAAUGACGAUGGGGUGACCAUGAAUGUUCAUUCAAAAAAUCGGGAUAAUGUGAAACAAAGUACGAAAUAUACGUUUGAAAAUGUAAGAGAACGUACCAUCCACUUGAUAAGAGCUUGCGUCGUUAUAAUGCAGGCGUGUCAGAACGACUUGCCAUCGUCCUACGAUGUCAGCCUGCGGCUAUAUUACAAUGAAGAUGCCCCCGCCGACUAUCAAGCACCAGGCUACCUCUCCACCAAUGAAACUGAAGACCACCUAGAUCCAACGCUGUCUGAAGCAAUCAAGCUUGGCUGGGUGGAAACACCUUAUCAUAAGUUGAUUGCUCGCUCUUACAUCAAGGAGCAAAUGAGAGCCAGCCAUGAAGCUAUACCAUCCCAAAACGCACCGGUGCUAUCAAACGAAAUGGAACUAUCCGGUUCAGGAGUUCGUUCGGAAAAUGAGAUUCAGUUGCUAUGUCCGUGCAACAAGUACGAUGGCAGUGAACCUUAUAAUUCAAGAGACCUUCUUACUUGCUACUAUUGCAACGCACAGCAGCACGCGGCGUGCUUCGGCGUCCCGCGCGGCGGCGGGCGCGCGCGGCGCCACUGCUGCGCCGCGUGCCACGACGCCGACGGCACGCGCACGCCGACCGACACCAAACUCGUCUCGCUGACCAGCAAGAAGAGGGAGUGUCUCAGCAUAUUUCGUCGGACUCUUGACCUAUGUAUGGACCUGCCAGCCAUAGAGGUGCGGGAUCUUACGGAACGUUUUCGUGUAUCCGACGUGAAUGCCACGAAGCUCAUGAAGUUGCUUCACUCGCACGGAAUUAUUAGACAGGAUCCGGACUCUGAUAUGCACACCUCUCAAAAAAUAAUACCUGAACAACUCAAAGCGGUUAUGUCAAAAUUCUUUAAUACAACUGAAGUGAACAUAGUCGAUCGACUUUUAGCAGAGACAUUCGAGUCUCAGGUAAACGUGCCCGACCCAGUGGGAGAGGUACUUAGUCCUCUAGAAAAGGUAAGUCUACAGAACACGUCUUACAUCAGUAAGGUUAUAGAUAAUCCUGGGAGUAAUAAAUCAACCAAUGAAGAUUCGACCGUAAAACAAUACAGUGAAGCUGUACGUUCUAAUGACAGAGUUGAAGAACCUAGUACGAAUCCAGUGGAAGUAUUUAAGAAAACUGGUAAAAGAAAAUUAAAUGAUGGAGAUAGACCAGCCUUAAGGACAGGAGUUAGGACUAAAAGAGCUAGAGCGAUCCCCAAAUAAGUUGAUCUCUUUCUUAAAAUUC